AUCUAUCUAUCUAUCUAUCUAUCUAUCUAUCUAUCUGUCUGUCUGUCUAUCUAUUCCUCUCCUCUACAAUCAAGAACAUCUGCCGACCAGUAACAGUUGCAUUCCAACUGACUUUAACCAUCACAAGCUCCUCCUCCCCGUCUGCAUAUGGAAUCCCUACUUUCCAAGCACCAUGAUGCUUCUGCUCUGAGAGGCUCCUCCUUGUAUCUGCAUACGAAAUCCCCACUGCCCAAUCAGAUGCUUCUGCUCAUGAACUUUCAUGAGAGCUGCCACACAUGGGGUUAGCCACGGGUACGCCUUAGAGAAUUCUAUAUAGAGAUAUUAUGAUAAUGCAUAAAAUCCCCUCAACUUUAAAACUGGACAACCAUCAAAAUCAAGACAAACUUUUUAAUAUGAGGUGGGAACCCUUUGGGGACUAUAUAGAAAAGGGCAAGGAUCCAGCCGAUUCACCCUCAUCACUGGUGAAAUAUCUACUAGGGAUGUGCAAGCCUGUCAAGGUCUGGCCCAAGGCCAGCGAAGUACACGGCUCGGCUGCUUGCUGUGGGUGAAUGACAAUUGUUGAAACUCAGCAAUGAGUGGGAGUCAGAGGCUCCAAUUUAUGGAGCCAGUCGAAAGCUCCCAGGUGUCAGGAUUUACGGCUUGUCAGCCUUCGAUAACAGGCGCUUGCUCCUCCGCACCGCCUCCAAUUGUGACCUGCGUUUGAAACACCUGCGUUGCCGUGGCGUUGGUGGAGCUCCAAUGCCUAAAUCAUCCCCUGAUUGGUCGCUGACAUUUUCUGCUGGUUCAGGCUGUUGAGUCUGUUCUGAACCGUCAGCUAAUUCCACUGCAGUCGGGCUCUGCCCUUCAGACAUUCCAGACUCGGCUGGAAUGCUGACAGCUUCCCUUUCUUCCUCGCUGUCAGAGCUAGGGGACAUGACAAAGCCGGCUCAAUUUGAACCAUGUUUCAACUCAAACUGGCCUGGUUUGGAAGGUCUGAGUUUAAACGGCAUGCCCCCCAAAAGGGGGUGCCAAUCUGAAUAUAAAAUGGACCAAUUCGGGGUUCCACUGCUAAAGGGGAAUCCGGUGAGGAUUCCCCUUUACCAGUAAAGGAGUAGCGAAGCUUCCCUAGGGCUAGAGGGAGCAGGAGACUUACAAAAAUGGUCUGUGAAUCCCACAGGGGUGGGGGCCGUGAGGGUGGCAGUUCACCCCACUGCCACAAGCCUCCCCCAGGGUAGCCCAGGGGGUCAGCAUCCUGGUUCAGGUCUCUUCCAUCAUAAUGUAGGGAUGCAGAUAAACACUGGUAUGCUAUUAAUGACCGAAGGAAGAGGAAAGCCACAGGUGCCCUCAUUGUCUCAGAAAUGGAAUGAGGCACUCCCUCCCUGAUCUCCCACAUGAUCAAGUGCUUUAUAAUUAGAGCUGUGGACCUAUGUUUCUUUCAACUGAGUAUACAUAAGCCUCCAGUAUACCUUAGUAUACAUAAGGCUCCAGCACACCAAGAUGAAUUUCUGGGAGACUAUCCUUUGUGCUUUCUUGGCCACCCUCUUAUCAACCAUACUUGGUGGGCUCUAUAUGAUGGGAGCAUUCCGCAAGAGGAGACCUAAAGAGCCUCCACUGGACAAAGGCUUCAUCCCAUGGCUAGGAUAUGGGAUAAAUUUCAAGAAGAACCCCGCAGAGUUUUUGGAAAGGAUGCAGAGGAAACAUGGAGACAUUUUCACAGUGCUGGUUGGAGGCAAUUAUUUACAUUUUGUGAUGGAUCCGCACACUUAUGGGACUAUAAUAAAAGAGUCAAAAGACAGGCUGGAUUUUGAUACAUUUGCAUCACUUAUAGUAUUUAAUGCACUUGGAAUCCAACCUACUGAAUCUCAUCAUAAGAUUGUGCAAACAAUUAGCAAGAAGUAUCUCCGAGGUAAGAAUCUAUCUGUCCUCAAUCAGGUCAUGAUGGAGAAGUUGAAAAUUGUGAUGUUUCACAGCCAGGGUUCAGGUGAGGGGGAAAGACCUUGGCAGCAGGAUGGAGUCUUCCACUUUAGCUACAAAACCAUCUUCCAAGCUGCUUAUCUGGCUUUGUUUGGUACUGAGCCAGGCCAAGACGUGGAGAGCAAAGAAAACACUAAGGGUGACAAAAUAAUACAACCUGGACAGUUGUUUGAAGCUUUUCAGAAAUUUGACCAUUUGUUUCCCCAAAUGGCCCUCGGCAUGCUGGAUCCCCUGGGCAAGAAAGAGUCACAGAGGUUGAAGAAUCUUUUCUGUGACAUGCUGUCUGUAGAAAAGAUAUAUCAAAAGGAAAACAUCAGCGGCUGGUUGGUUGAGCAAGAUCAGCUGAUGGCUGAGGCUGGGAUGACAGAGGAGAUGCGGACUAAAUUUCAGCUUCUUCUUCUGUGGGCAUCUCAAGCUAAUGCUGGUCCAGCUGCCUUCUGGCUUCUUGCAUAUCUCCUGAAACAUCCAGAAGCAAUGAAGGCAGUGAGGGAAGAAGUGUACAAUGUACUAAAAGAGACUGGACAGGAAGUGGAGCCAGGCGGCCCCCUCAUCAAUGUGACCUUGGAUCAGAUAAAAACCCCUCUUCUGGACAGUGCGGUAGAGGAAACUCUGCGCUUGAGAGCAGGUCCUUUUCUGUUUCGAAGUGUGAUGCAGGAUAUGGAUCUUAAAAUGGAUGAUGGGAGAGAAUAUUUUCUCCGGAAAGGAGACCAGCUACUUCUUUUCCCUUUCGUCGGACUGCAAAUGGACCCAGAAAUCCACCCUGACCCUCAUACUUUCAAAUAUGAUAGGUUCUUGAACCCAGAUGGUACCAAAAGGGAGUUCUCCAAGAAUGGGAAAAAGCUGAAGUAUCACAGUAUGCCGUGGGGUGCUGGGCCCUCCAUGUGCCCUGGACGAUUCUUUGCCGUUAGUGAGAUGAAGUUGUUUGUGAUCUUGUUGCUCCUCUACUUUGACAUGGAACUGGUUAACGUGGAAGAGGAAAUACCACCGGUAGACGUCAGCCGCUAUGGGUUUGGAACCACACAUCCUUCUUGUGAUAUUCAGUUCAAGUUUCGAGUGAAAUCCUAAGGGGAAAGACGUGUGGCUUUCCUGGCUUUCAUACUUGCCUAACAUCUCUGUUUGCAGUUAUUUAUUCAAGGAAAACAUUUUAGUUUUUUGGCCAUAAGCCAUAACAAAAUUAAUAUAUCUAUAUCUAGAUUAACAUCUAAGAACAGUACUUGCAUAAGAUGUAUUUCAAUGUAAUUCAUAGCAAGAGCCGUGUUUAAAUAAUCAGGAUACAAGUUCAGAGAGAGAUAGAGAGAUAAGGCAAUGCGUCACGCAGGCAUGGAUGACACACUGGAGGUGCCUGGAGCGCAGAGCUGUGUGUGUGUCAAGCUCAGUCAAAAGUGAGCUUGACGUCAAUGGUACUGCUGCUACGGGUGGGAGUGAUGCUGGAGCUCCGGUUGGGAGCUGAUCCAGAUCUAGGAGGAGGAGGAGGAGUGGUGGAAAUCUCUGGGGUGAGAGGGCUGUGGCGGGGGCAAGGUGGGCAAUAGAGUACUAGUGCAGAGAUGCUCUGCGCGGGUCAGUCUAGUAAACAAGAAAUCAUUUUUGGUGAGGGAGGCUCGGUGGAGUUUAUUGUUUUUACUGUUUAACAGAAUUUAAGGUUUUAGAUUAGAUUUAUGUGAAAUUUUAUUGUAUUAACUUUUGUAAACCACCUUAGAAUGCCUUAUGAAAAGUGGCGUGAAGGAAGGCAGGAAGAAUACCAUCUGCGCUCGUUGAUUUCAUCUUCAAAGGUUUUGUAAACCAUCUUGGGGAUGCAUUAUGAAAGGCAGUAUAAAAAUUGAACAAUAAAUAAAUAGAAAAAUAA